GUAAACAGAAGUUGUUUGUUGUGUAUGACGAAAAGCCCACAGGUUUCAGGUUCGGAUUUCUAACCAUGGAGAAGAUAAGUCUCGAUAAAUCAGCUUUGGAAGCGGUGGAUGAGUACUGCGAGUACAGAAGGAUUGUGGGUGAUGAUGAUGGAGGAAGUCUGAUGAGCCCAGAGCAGUAUGAGGAGUACAAGAGGACGGUCCUCCCUCGACGCAUGAAGAACAGGCUGUUUGUGAGCUUUGGGAUGCCUGAUGGUAUCGACUGCAAACUGAUUGGUCCAGAGACUCAGUGCUUCUGCUCACAUAGGUACAAGCAACAUAAGACCGAGUUUGAGGUGGUCCCCUCCGAGCGGCCUCUGGCUCUACCGUGUCAGGUGAGGGGAUGUCGCUGUCCUGCCUUUCAGUAUGUUCCUCGAAAUGGGCCAAACCCAGUCCGCUGCAGGUGUAAGCACUUACCUCAGGACCACAGGGAAGCCAUGGGACACUUGUGCAAGAAGUGCAGAUCCUGCUCUGGGUUCCAGUGCACCUUCAUCUGUGGGUGCGGUCAGCCCAGCUCUGCCCACCAGACCCUGGUUGAGACAAAAUCGGAAAGGGAGUCGCGGGGUCGGCCUGUGGGCAGGGAUGUCCCGUAUGCUGCCAUGGGGGGGCUGACGGGGUUCAGCUCCCUCCUGGACGGCUACCUCGACCUGGAGACCUGUGGCUCAGAUCAACACACAGAAGACAGCUGCCCGCAGACAAGCUCAGCAUCAAGGGUUAACCAACCAUCAACAAUCAAGAAGAAACACAACCAGUAGGACAUUUUUUGUCGUGAGCCGUUUGUCCUGAAACUUGAAAUUGUCAGGUUGGCUAAAUUAUGUUGAGCAUGUGUCGUUUAGGAUAUCGGCUGGCACUUAUGAACUUGACAGUACCCCACGUCGCUGAUACCUUUUUGCCGUUUUCUGAAAAUGCCUCAUCUCCUCAUACGUGUUCCAUAAAUUGGUCAGUUUACACAUCUGUUUGUGUGAUCGAUGUUCUCUUAAGCCGCCCACUCAACACGUCACCAAAAUAACAUCAAAACCACGCAUGCUACGAGCAGCGUGUUUUAAUUUGCGGAUAGAUGCAUUGUCCCUGAUUGAUUAAUCCCAUUCCUCACGGCAGAUCAGCGGUGAUGAGAGCUGAUUUAAUCCACGCGGUGAAGAGAGAAUGCAGGAGGUUUGGUUUGUCUGAUUGGCGGCCCACUUUCCUGCGUCUUUUUUAAUGUGCAAAAUACAUUUAACGGGGAUCUGAGUGGGGAUUCACACCCACUCAUGUGUUCCCACUGUGCAGACGGGCAAGUCACACUGGAUCAGCAUCCACACUGGGGCUGACCAGUGCAUCUCAAGUCACCUGUGUUGUAAUGUAUAACCUGAGGGAAUGAGGGGUGUUUUUACUUGUACUUCCAUCUUUGUGAGGACCAGUUUCAGCUUUUGACCUGAUGAAGUGAGGACAUUUCCACAAGUGUUCACUUUCUAAAAUAAAUUAGAGGGUUGUUUGAAUUUGUUUAUGGUAAGAUAAGGUUCAGACAUUUAGUUGUGAUGGUUAUGGUUAAUUUAAAGGGUUUGAGUGUUAGACUGAGAUAGAAGUACAAAUAAGUGUGUGUGUGUGUGUGUGUGUGUGUAUAUGUGUGUGUGUGAGCUUAACAGGUGGUCUUAAGGGUAAGAAGUAGGGCUACGCCUGAGGCACGCCAUGGAUGCACCUGGGUCCCCUCCGAAAGCUGACACUUCAAAUCCACCGCAUAUCGAUGACGACUGUGGCAUCAGGUUGCCACAGCAUAAAGCAGCUACACGCAAAUUCACAGCCGCAAUCACGCUUUAAACCAAUCAUGUUUCCCAUUCACGACUCCGAAGAGCUUUGUCGACUGUUAUAAUGAAGCAUCCUUUAAAAAACAACAACACUUGACCUGAUUCCAUCGCUUACUCCUGGACAUCUUUCCUCAUAGAGACCCUCUGUGAGAAAAAAUGAGUCAGUCAGUGGAGAAUGAAAGAGUGAAAAACCAAUUAAUUUGAGAGGUAAAGGCCUGGCACAUUAGUCUGGCACAAUUGCAAUUUAGGGUAAUUGGCUCGCCAUGGCAACCCCUCGUUCAGGAGACUACAGGUAAUUUACUGUGGCGUUGCUUAGAGGGAAUGACUACAACUCUUCCCUGAUCCCCAUGGAAACCAUGCCCAGUUUGACUGACGGAUCCGAUGUUACAAACCAGGAGGUGAGCGCGGAAGAUUAAAUUGGCAAUUACUGCCCAAGGAAUAACUUAAUUACCCCACUGACGGUCAGGGUAUGCACACACUGACUGAACUGGAGACCAAGACCACACUCCCCUAAUUUCCCCACAGUUUGAGAAAGAGUUAGCAAAAUCUUAGGCGGGGCAAACACAGGACAAGACGGACAGGCACGGACGAAUUACUUGAAACUGACAACCAGGUACAACUGAGGGGAAUGAUUUGGAUUAAAACAGUUUAAAUAAUGGGCCUCAAAGCUACCUUCAAACACCAUCCACUCAGAUUUCCAGUGCUUCCCGCUUCUGUCUGUAGUCCCUUAGGACAGACCUUACCCUAAACCACCCGGGUCUCCCGAAAGUGUGUGCGUGUGUGUGUGUGAGAUGUCCCUUUUGUCGUAGAAACAGUGGGGAGGUGACAACGCAGCGACUACAAAGAGGUUCUGCUCCGGUCCCCUCCUGCGUCAACAGACUCGAGGAGGAGGAUGAGGAGCAAGUGGGGAGAGAAAUGGAUUUAGCUUUUUUCACAGAGCACUAUGAUAACAAACAGGGGGAUGUUGUAUAGGUUGGUUAAAUCAAUAAUAACGACUGAAUGUCAAACAAAAAGUAGGUUUAAAUAUAGCUUAGCAACAAUAUGUAUAUGAGGGGUUUCCACGUAGCACAUGGGAGAAGUUUGCCUUUAAGGCUUUAUGUGAGGGAGCUUUUUCUAACAAAGAGUUUCCACUAGAGGAAAAGGGUCAAACAUAGGACUCUAUUAAUAUAGUUGCAUUUACAGGUUGACUUUUGCAUCCUUUUCUCAUGUGGACAUAAAUAGUUUUUUUUUUUUGUUAAUACCUCAAUAAAUUAUUAAAAAUGUCUGGAUACAUGCUUUCCUGCCCUCUUGCCAAGAGAGGAGAUCGAUACCUCUCUUUCUGUCCCUUACAGGCCAUUAUCGGUAGCAUGUUUACUGCCAGUGUAACAAAGGUAGCUGUCGAUAUUCAAUUUAAGGUAAAUGUGUGUAUUAGGUUCAGUCUCUUAUUUGAGGCUAUUCCUGCUGUUUCUCGCUGUUGUCAUCCUGUUUUUUAAUAUUCACUGAGAAGAUUCACAAACCUCUCGGGUUCGAACUGGGAUGUCUUUUUCUCAGGUUGCGAGAUUUCCACCUUUAAGA